GCGUACCUUGCUAAAAUCCAGAGCAGCAAACCACCAGUCUGAACCAAGCAGCCACACACCCAUCGCCAUCACCAUCACCGACGUGAAGCGAUACACAACAUGGACUUCCUGAACCAAACACACCACCAACCUGCCGUCCGUAGGCCAUCCGAAAUGGCUCACUAUCAGUAUCCGUAUCCGAUGUUCCAACCAGAGCAAUUGCCAUCUUCAAAUGUCGAACCUCAAUCGAUGCCGUCGCACUUUGGAGUUGCCCCGUGGCAGAAUGCCGAUGUGGCGAUGAUGACGAACACGAAAAUGUACCUCGGAAACGGUGAUUUUUCUUCCCACAUAUUCGCCCAAAGCUAUCAAGGCCGCGCACCCUCCGUGUCGCACAGCGUAGGCUCAAGACGCGUCGACGCAACCGCAGCUUCCCCGUUCCAAAUCCCUCUCGACAAUCUCAUCCAGACCGGCUCGCCGUGGGCGUCCGCCGACCCAGCAACUCCGGUCGGAGGAGAGACAAUGAGUGGCUACGUCCCCAGCCCCAUGGGUACAUUCAGUAGCGCUGCCAGCAACAGGAGUUUUUCUCUCACACCAGAUGCUAUGAACUCUGUCACAGGCUUCGAUUGGCGCAACCCCGACAUCAUGGCGAGUCCUGGUGUGGCGUUUAGUGUGGAGCAGAGCGCGUGGCCGAUGAGGUCAUCGUUUGACAACGGCAGCACAGCGGAAACAAUCACGACACGACCCGGUUUGCCCAAUCUGGCAACUCCGCCGUUGUUGGAGGAUGUUGCCGGAGCCGUAAAUGCGAACACCUUUGUUUCUUCUCCCAGCUAUUCACAGCAGAGUGUCGAAGUCGCGGCAUCCGGUGUUGACAGUCGUUUGCAAACUCCCGCGCUCGACCAGCCGCAGCCUGAAAAGACAGAACCCAAGAAGCGUGGCAGGAAGAAGACUCCUGAAUCCGCCCGCAAAGUGUGUGGUCAAGACAACACAACUCCUGUACCUGCAUCCAGCCGUGCUUUGCGGACCGCUGCCCGCAAGGUGGUGCGCCCCAAGUCAGCACAAAAGCCGGGAGAGUCUGCAGAAGAGCGUCGCGCCAGAGUAAACCACAACCAGGUUGAAAAGCAAUACCGCAAGCGAUUGCACGAAUACUUUGAUAAUCUCCUCAAAGUGCUUCCUGACAACCCUGGCAUGGAGCCUAAAGCCGAGCCCGAGAACGAUGAUGAGCCGCAGUCGCCUUCGUCCGCAUCGGGGCGGAAAUCGAGGAAUUGGAGCAAAGCCGAGGUCCUAGAGAGGGCAUGUCGUCACAUCCACGAGCUCCAAGAUGCGAAUGCCAAGUUGAUACAAGAGCUGGAGACGAAGAGACGGGAGUCGUCCGCUUCGCUGCCAUUUUCAAACUGAAAUGCCGGGAUGUCUAGUCGGUCAUUUCCUCUUGGCACAUGACCUCGGAGUGCCGAUAUCGAGAUCGAGCCUCAGAUGUUGCUGCCAUUUUUUUUCCCUUGGCUUUUGUUGCAU